CUAAACAUCCGGUUGCCAACUCUACUUCCGUAUAGUAUGUCCAUCUCUGAUGAGAGAAGAAAAACACUUUGACAGACUCCUUUAGAAAAAUAUGAUCAGAUUAUUCUCCCUCAAACAGAAGAAGGAUGGAACCGAUCCUGCCGACCGUGGGGGUAGUCAGAAGAAGGCAUCGGCUGCCCAGUUGAGGAUACAGAAAGAUAUGAAUGAAUUAAAUUUACCCAAAACUUGCCAAGUUAACUUUCCUGAUCCCGAUGAUCUUUUAAAUUUCAAAUUAGUGAUUUGUCCAGAUGAGGGUUUCUACCGAGGUGGAAGGUUCAUGUUUAGUUUCAAAGUCGGCCCUGGCUACCCACAUGACGCACCCAAGGUGAAAUGCGAAACGAUGGUUUACCACCCAAAUAUUGACCUGGAAGGGAACGUUUGCUUAAAUAUAUUAAGAGAAGAUUGGAAACCUGUACUCACCAUUAAUUCUAUAGUUUAUGGUUUGCAGUAUUUAUUUUUGGAACCAAAUCCUGAAGACCCCUUAAACAAAGAAGCGGCUGAAGUAUUACAGAACAACCGACGACUGUUUGAGCAGAAUGUGUCGAAAUCCAUGCGUGGCGGCUACGUUGGUUCCACAUACUUUGAGCGGUGUUUAAAGUAAUAGUCUGUUUAUGCACACAUUAUACAUACAUGCACAUUAUACACACAUACACACACACAUGCUGAUACAUACAUGCAGACAUGUAAAUACAUAUGUAUAGGUAUACAUGAGUGAAUUAAGAUAUAUAUGCCUGUAUAUAUAUAUAUAUAUAUAUAUAUAUAUAUAUAGUAUGUGUCUACUUAUAUAUGUAGUGUGUAUGUAUGUAUAUAUGUGUGUGUAUAUAUAUAUAUAUAUAUAUAUAUAAAAACAUGCAUAUAUAAUGUAAUGUAUAUCUUGUGUAUACAUAUAUGUGUGUGUGCGUGUGGAUAUAUGUGUA